GCUAUUUAUGGAAGUGUUUAUGUAGGUGGCGCUUUGCUUGCUGAUAUGAGAACCGAUUUUUCUGUGCAGUCUGCCGUGGAAUUGUCCAAAAACUUAAACUGUUUUGUUUAGACAUGUUUCUAUUAAUUUAUCAAAACUCACAAUGCUUCCGUAAUCGGUAGUUUAAAUAUGCGCUUUGUUGGAUAGGUUUCAAAAGGAGUGUCGGAAUUUGGUGUCAAAGCUCAUGCAUGUUGUGGGGGGUACUGCGUUAACACACCAGGGAGAACAGAGUCAUUCUCAAGACCCAUCACCUCCAGAGCAACAUAGGAGUAAUGCACAUGCUUCAAAUCCAUCCAACCAUGAUGACAGCACCUUGCAUAAGGUACAGCUGGAUGAUAAUGGCAACAAUGGGUCCAAUCAGGAUGUGGAAGAAACGGAAGAAGACAUUGAAGGCAAAGAAAAGGGAGGCAGUGAAGAAUUUAAUGAUGAGGACUUUCAGAAGAAAAAAACUUUAAAGGAUUUUAAUCUGUUUGGACCAUUUAUUGAUUCUCACACUGCGGAUGAGUUUGAGCCUGUUGAAGGUUUACGAUUGUUUGAUGUUGAAGAUGAUGUGAGAACCCAGAUUGAUAAUGGCAACAGAAAUGUUGAACAUUGUAUUGAUAUUAGUGUUAAAAAUAAAGAUGAAACUACAUUCCAAGGUGAUGAACAGUAUUUUAGUGGUGAUGAAAUCAAGCAGGUGUGUACUGUCGGUAACAGUGAUAAAAAUAAACCUUGCAGAAGGGUGAAUGAAAGUGUUGCUAGUGUACAAAAUCAUGAAAAUAUAAACAUGAAUGAUGCAGAACUGGUAUCAGAUAACAAAUGUAAAAUUCAUAGCAGGAUGUUAAGAAACUCUGAAUGGCAAAAAUGUUUAAGUGGAAAUCGACUUACCGUUGUGAAUUGUGGAGAUGGUAGCGUGAACAAUGUCUUACGACAGGGCCACGAAGAACAUCUUCAUCUGAAGUGGCAUCUUCAGGAGCAAGUCAAUUCCCAGGAUUGGAUUUCUCUUUGCAGUCUGACUGAGCACAACCCAUCCAAAUGGCUGGCCUACCUGAGUGAAGGAAGAGUGGGGGCCACUUCCACAGGAGAGAUCAUGUGGCUGCUGGAUCUCUCCCAUCCAGCAUUGACCCAUCAAGAAUGUGGGAAAUUGACGUGUUUCCGAUACUACAGCGGUUUGAGUCUGACGUGCCUCGCUCAGUCAGAGCCUUUCACCGUCUUGUCCAGCAAUGCGAAGCCUUUGGUUGCUGAAGGCACCUUACCAAGAAACAGUCCUGUUUUAAAUUUCAAGAAGAAAGGUGUCGGGAACAUGGGGUGUGAAACGUCUCAGUCGGCUAUUAAACGCAGAGAAUUACCAUCGUCUGAUCUCACGCGAGUUAAGGGAAGUAAAGUUUUUGUGAACAAUAGUUCAGAAAGUGAUUCUGAAGUUGAAAGUUCUGCUAAAUAUAGGAAGCAGAGAAGUGUAAGACUGUCGAAAAAGAAAGUGGCAAUAGCGGAUUCUCUGGAUAAAAGAGUUGUGAAUGGAUAUCCACCACACGUGAAUGGAGGUGGGGAAGAUGAGUCAGACAAUUCAGACACAUCUUUGGUUCCCAACCACAAACUCCACACAUGGAAUUCGCAUGAAUCUGCACAGAGAACACUUGAUCUAGGAGAUCGUUCGAGCGUCGUUCCGGAACGAAUGGCCUUACGCGACAAUGUGGAUUACUAUCCCAUCUGGACAAAAUCUCCUUUACCUUCACGUAGCAGAGUUCUAGAAGAUCAAGGAAAUGAAGAACUGGUAUCGGUAUAUGAGACAUUGUAUCCGCCAUCAUCAGAUCCUCCGCCUCCACCCUUACCCCCACGCGCUUUUCCUCCCAGUUCUUCUGGGGGAGUAAGAAGCCCAAAACACCGCCCUUUAGAAAGAACAAGGGCAUUGCCUUAUCAAGGGGAUUCUGUUACAAUGAAUCCUCCCGAAGUCCUCCGCCAGCAUAAACCAGGGCCAGUGUUGUCAUCUACAGGUGCGGACAAGGAAGAUUGUAAAAGUGGUAAAGUGAAGUAUAGACAUUUGCAUAAUCAACAAGGACCAAGUUUACCUCCAAAACCAAGGAGAUUAUUAAAUCCAGAAGACAGUUUUGCUUUCGAAAUAAUUGAUACUGAUGAACUGAGACCAGUCCAAACUAUGAACAUGGCUGUUAUGAGCUUUUCUAGUCAGAAUCCACAAAAACCUCAGGCAGUGUCAUGUACAAAGCUCAAAGAAACUGGGAGAUGUGAAACCCAUCAGUUGGAUGUUGGCAAUGCUAUUUCUAAAAACAAUAACAAUGAAGGUUUUCCACAGGCCCUCAGUAUUUCUUCAUUGAAGUCAAGAAGUGUGCUUAAAAAUAAUUCAGGUGAAGCAGAUGGAGUGGAGGUUAGUAUUCCGUGUAAUUCUGAUGACUUUAAAGGCAUUGAUGCUGCAAAAGCAAUAUCAAACGAUAAUCAUAAGAGGCCAAUGAAAUUAGCAGUGACAGAUGAUUCUUGUAAUGACAGUGGCAACGUGGAAGAAGGUGAAAGUUUUCCCAUUGUUUCUGCUCCAUUAGCAACACCUGAACAAGACAGUAGUCUAGUUGAUAGUUCCUCACUGGAAAAUCUUCUUGAUGAAGAAGAUGAUGUUGUUUUCUUUACACAUGACAAUCAACAAGCUGUAGGAGAGAAUUAUAUAUGUCCUUUACAAGAGAUCUUACCGAUCUUGCCGCAAGAUAUUGUACCAUCAAGUUCUUCUGUAACCACAAAUGAAAGCGGUAAAUGCCAAAGUUGCACACAUUCUUGGCCAGUAAGUGACGUACAAGUCCUUUCUAGUGGUAAACAAAACAAUGUCGGUAAAAUUCGUAUGUCUUCUAGUCAUGAGACUGACCAAGAUGGUUCAUCACAGGUCAGUACAGGUGGUGUGAUAACAGAUUCUUGUUCUUUUGGAUCUGCUUCAAAUGAUGGUACAAUUAAAGUAUUCAUGUCACCAUCUGACAUUCCCUUAACUACAAAGCCCAGCAAACUUCUGCUUCAUGCCUCUCAGUCGGAAUCUGCUAACGCAUUCAGUUUCCAGGAUCGUGUGUGUGAAAUGCCAGUCAUACUAAAGGACAUGCCAAAUAGAGAAAAACAGACUGAAGGAGCAGUAAACAGUGCCAGUUUUCCACCUGAUUUUGAAUUAAAUAACGCCGAUAGUUCAUGUUUUUUGUCAGUGCCGAAUCUGUCAUCUAUGUCCAUUUCUCCUGUUUCAACAAAUUCAUCAUCUGAGUCUGGAAUGGCUUUUUCAGCUGCUACAGAAUGCAAUACCGGUUCUGGUUCUGAUGCAAAUACAAUGGUUCUUAUUAACUACAGUUCAAGCACGGAUUCUUUAGGUGCUGGCGUUCCAAUGAUUACAAACGUAGAUAUUUCUAAUAGUGAAUUAUUAGAGAACGAAUUGGGUGACUGUAGUGAAGAUAUAAGUUCACAGUUGAGAGAUGAGGACGUUUCUUCUUGCAUUGCUGCUGUUGGUGUAGAUGAGAAAAAUGCAGCAGAAGACAGUGCUGAGUUUGUUGAUGUUAGCGCGGAGGUGCCCGUGUCUUCGACAGGUCCAUCACUCCGCACUCACAAACCACUGUCAAGACAAGUCAGUCACCCGCCUAUGACGACACUUGGUCAGAGUGUGGAACCAAGUGCAGCACACUUCUGCAUUGCUGCAAGGUUGCCUGUUCAGCAUCAGAAUAGGGAUGAAAGCUUGGCCACUGCUCCACGGCCUCGCAAUAGGCUGCUGAGUCGUGUAGCAGCUGUUACAAGUCCAACGGGCAUUCCUCAGUGUCCCCCUACACCCACACACCACGCACGCCCCACGAACAGACCUCUCCAAGAUCAGGAGAUGCAGCUGCAUCCCGAAAGAGAACAGCUCCUUGCUGCAGCAACUGGUGCUGAUCUAGGUGUUGGAAAUGCAUGUAGCAGUUUUCCAAACUCAUCUCAGGAAGCUUCCAUAUCUGAUGAAGCGAGUUGUGCCCCGAUGAACCAGACUCACGUGAGAGUUGGGGAAAACUGCUCCAUCCUUCCUGUGUGCCAUCUGGCCAUGACACGGCUCCCGUCCAUCCCUGAGAGGUCAGCAAAAAGCCAGAAGUUAGAGUUAUCAGCUGAGGAGGAACCUUUGCCUCCUUAUUGGGAGGCUCGUAUCGACAGUCACGGACGCAUAUUCUACAUCGACCACGUGAACAGAACUACAACAUGGCAGCGACCUUCUUCCAGUUCAGUGAUGAGGGCAAGACCAAUUACCAAUGAGCUGCAGAGGCAGCAGCUGGACAGAAGGUAUCAGAGCAUCCGUCGAACCAUCACGUCCAGGCGGUUGGACUUGGAGGAUGGUAUUUCUGCAAGUGGUGACAAUGCUCAGGGCCAUUCCCAGGCCAUGUCAGAUGGCAGUGGUAGUAGCAGUGGUGGGGAGCAGCAGAGAUCUCUGCAGAAUGCAGAUGCUGUCCAUCACAUGCCAGCUGUGCGGUUCAUCUGCAGACCUGACUUCUUCUCAAUUCUGCACAUGAACCAGGAAGCACUGUCAUUAUACAAUCGUAAUGGUUCCCUGAAGCACAUGGUUUCCAAGAUCCGCCGAGAUCCGCAAACAUUUGAGCGCUAUCAACAUAACAGGGACCUUGUUAUGUUGGUCAAUUUGUUCGCUGAUUCAUUAAGGGAUCUUCCCCGGGGAUGGGAAACAAAGUUUGAUCGAAAUGGAAAGCAAUUCUUCAUUGAUCACACAACCAAGACGACAACUUUUAUAGAUCCCCGUGUGCCGACUGAAUCCCUCUACCUGAACCCCCACAAGCUUAUCCUGCCUGGGGCCCGGAGGAGAAGUAGGAGUGCGGGCGAGGAAGAGCUCAACCACUCACGAGCACCUGUUCCCCCACCACGUCUCACGAUAACCUGCGGGUGCAAUUCGAGCAUGGGCUCAGGCUCAGGUGGUGCCCCUGUUCCUCGUGUGUUGGCCCCUCCAGAAAUCCCCACAGCGUACAAUGAGAAGGUGGUCGCGUUCCUUCGUCAGCCUAACAUAUUGGACAUCCUAAAGGAAAGGCACGCGAUGGUCGGGACGUCACAGGGACUCAGGGACAAGAUCAACGCCGUCAGGGUUGACGGAACUGCGGCCCUGGAUCGCCUCAGUGAUGAUAUUGAUCUCACAAUCUUGCUCAGUUUGUUUGAGCAGGAGAUCAUGAGCUAUGUGCCUGUGGUGCCAGCGACAGCUCGGUCACCGCGCGGUUCACCUCAGCUUUCACCACAGGCAUCACCCGGACUGUCACGGGCCAAUGCCCGGGCCCCCGCGCCUUACAGAAGAGACUUUGAAGCGAAGCUGAGAAACUUUUAUCGAAAGUUGGAGUCUAAAGGUUAUGGCCAAGGACCAGGAAAACUCAAGCUGCAGAUUCGUCGAGAGCGCCUUCUGGAGGAUGCCUUUAACAAAAUCAUGGCUGCAUCAAAGAAAGAUUUGCAGAAAUGCAAGUUGUAUGUUACGUUUGAUCGGGAAGAAGGCCUUGAUUAUGGUGGGCCAUCAAGAGAGUUCUUCUUUUUGUUGUCUCGUGAGCUGUUCAACCCGUAUUAUGGUCUGUUUGAAUAUUCGGCCAAUGACACGUACACUGUCCAAGUAUCACCUAUGUCAGCGUUUGUUGACAAUCAGCAUGAAUGGUUUCGGUUCAGUGGUCGAGUGUUGGGCCUUGCACUGGUGCAUCAGUACUUGUUGGAUGCUUUCUUCACACGACCGUUUUACAAAGCUCUGCUGAGGCUACCUGUGUCUUUAAGUGACUUAGAGUCCCUGGAUGGAGAAUUUCAUCAGAGUUUGUUAUGGAUCAAAGAAAAUGACAUCUCCAGUGAUUUGUUGGACCUCACAUUUGCCGUCACAGAAGAACUCUUUGGUCAAGUUGUGGAACGAGAAUUGAAACCGGGUGGCAGGAAUAUCAGUGUUACUGAGAAGAAUAAAAAGGAAUAUCUAGAACGAGUGGUUCGAUGGCGAUUGGAACGAGGCGUUGCAGAACAGACGGAGUCACUUGUGAGGGGUUUCUAUGAGGUGGUGGACCCUCGUCUGGUUUCUGUUUUUGAUGCCCGUGAGCUGGAAUUGGUUAUAGCAGGAACAGCAGAGAUAGACUUGUCAGAUUGGAGGAAAAACACAGAGUAUCGAUCAGGUUAUCAUGACAAUCAUCCCGUAAUGCAGUGGUUCUGGACUGCCAUUGAAAGGUUCAGCAAUGAGCAACGCCUAAGAUUACUACAAUUUGUUACUGGAACAUCAAGUAUUCCGUAUGAGGGAUUUGCAGCUCUUAGGGGUAGUACUGGACCCCGAAAAUUUUGUGUUGAGAAAUGGGGAAAACCAAACAGUUUACCAAGAGCUCACACUUGCUUCAACAGACUGGAUUUGCCACCAUACCCAACCCCUGAAAUAUUGUAUGAAAAACUUCUGCUAGCUGUCGAGGAAACCAACACAUUUGGGAUCGAGUGAAAAAUCAAGCAGCUGCAAAAGGUUUUUAGUAUAAGUGUUGCCAUGGUAGCAGUAGGGACAGAUUUGAGAAAUAGAAUACAGUACAGUAAGUGGAAAAAUGUUGCCGAACACUGAAUAUAAGUCAGUCAUCAGUGAGUAUAAUGAAUUAUUAAUGUAAUUGUAAAUAUGUAUGUAUACUGUUAGCAUGUUUUUGUACAUUGGUGCGUUCACAAAGUAAUCUCAAUACCACUGACUGGUUGCUCACUGUUGGUUUAAAAAUGUUGAUAAAAAUAUUACAAAGGCCAUUUGUAUUGUCUUUUAUUGAAUAUAAAUUUGAAACUUUAAAUGUUUAGGCAUGUAAAUGCAAAUCCGUUUUUGUAUAUUCAUAUACUCUUACCUGCGGGAAUAUAAUGAGUUAUCUUUUGUGAACGUAUAACCGCAUUAACAGUAUAUGUUUCUAAAAUACAUAAUAAUUGUGUAUAAUGCCCUACAAGGUUUAAGAAACUCAAAGACAGUGCAUUUAAUACAAUUUCACCCUGGUUCAAGUCAGUGUUAUUCACAAAACUGUAAGUAUCACGUCGGUUGUUGCCAGUAAAUGUGACUUAUCUUCAAACCAUGUCAGCUGUUGUUCUGCUGUCUGUCUACUUAUUUAAAAAUGUAAGUAAGCAAAUGUGAUGAUAUGUAGACUGCAUAGUUCUGUACAGCUGAAAUGCAUCUGCAGUAUAUAGUUUAAAAAAAUUGGUUACGUGCUGGUGGAAUAAUUAUAUUGCAUUUGAUGCACUUUAACUCGCACAUGUCCAAAGAGUUAUAAUCACCUAUACGUGAAUGGCACUGUGGACUUAAUAUCUUGUUUCUAAUUGUGUAUGGAAGUUUUGAACAUUUUUCACUUUGCGUGUCAUUCUGUUGUAGUUCAUUUAGCCUUCCAGCCCAAAGUCUCCACCCUCUCACUGAUGCCUGACUUACUGCUCACACUAUAAUGUGAUGAGAAUUUGUAGUGUGUAGGUUCAUGGAAAUGAGAAUGAAGAGCAAAUUGUAUGAGAAACUGUCAUUCGUGUAAUUGAAUGCUACUUAAAUCCUAAAUUGUAGAGUGAUAUCCUUGGUUGCUUUUCCUAACAAGGAUUGACAAAGCCUUAGUAGUUUUUAUAUCAGUUGCCAUACAGAGUUGAACUAUAGGUCAGGGGGAUACAGCAUGAGAUGUAGAGAGAGAACUAUAAACAGUCCCUUCUUGACUCCUCCCCUCUAUACUGACAAAAGGCCAGUUGAUAUUUCAUGUACUUGAUGGGCUUCUUUGUGAAAAUUAAACAGCAGGCACAUGAGCCAUAUCCUUUUGUACUUAUUUUACAUACAUUUUUUCUUUAAAUAACCAAAUAUAAUGCAGUACAUUACUGGGUUACGUGAAAGUAAUGCAUUAUAUACAUGUUGCAUCGACAUUAUUUUAUUACCCUCAAAUAUAUCGAAACAUUUGUUUGGAAUUAUGCAUGUUUUGAUACAUUUUCUUUUUAACAAAUAUACGAAUAUAUAGGAAUAAAAAGGAUAAUGUUUCUCUUCAUGGCAGUUGUCAGUGGCCUGUGAGGAAUCUUGUGAAACAUGAUUGGGAAGCACCAUUGCUUUCUAAUUUUAUUCACUGUAUGAUGAACAUAGAGAUGAAAAUGUAAUUGACGUUGUACGAGCAAUGUGAUUGUUUCACGCAGCCUUGUUGGGGAACAUAGCAAGUUUCAGUACACAAGAAUAGCUGUAGCCUUUUGUUGAACAAACAAGAUAUAACUUGUGUAUGUUUUGUGGGCUGAAGUCUACCUGUUACCAGUGUACACAUUUUGCUGUCUAAUCCGGCCAACCAGUGCUUGCCUUGUAUUUAAAAAUGAAAAUGUAUUUCAGUUGCGUCCAUCUUUGUUCAUUAGCACAAAUGGCUUUCAGAGCUGUCCACAAAUAAUGCCUACCUUAAGAAUAAAUUUAAUCUUUAUUUUGUAAGUGGAAAAAAAAGCAUUUCUUGUUCAUUAGUAAGCAUUCAGCCUGGGUAUAAAAAUGUUGACAUUCAUGCAGCAUCAUUUUCCUGUUUUUUUUUUUUUAAAAAAAGACAAUGACUUUGUUUAUGUCUGAGAUAUUUAUUCCUUCAACUUAUUUUUCUGCUGUAGAAUUUCAUUGUGCUUGCAAGAGAGCAGUUACACCCACAAUGCACAGUCUUCAUUCCAUUAGAAUGAACUUUGUCUCCAUAGCAGUGGAAGUCUGAUAACUUACUUCAUUAGAUGUGGCUUUAAUAUGUGAGGGGCAAGUGGGACUCAGGUCUCCAGUUUUACAUGCACUAGCAUAUAUUUAAAAAAUAGGGCAGAGACAAGUAAAAAGUUCUAUUAUCCUUCAGCUAUUUAAUGGUGGUAUUUUUUUAUACUGGCUAGUGUCUAGUGAAUAAUCCUGCUAUAUGGGAUUUGAGGUUUUCACGGCGGUGAGUCUGAAGAUGACUGUCUUCUGGGUUGUUGUGCUGUGUAGUCUGGUAGAAUUUUACAGACAUUUUAGAGGUCCUUACUGCCUCCAUCAUCAGGGAAGCAUUACCCUGGUGAUGGAAGCAGCAAGAACCUCUGAAACGUCGGUAAACUUUACCAAAGUACAUGGCGCGGCAACCCGGAAGAUAGCCGUCUGUAGUUCUACUAUAGAUAUGUGAAGAUUUACCUUAGAUAAGAUUAACUUUGUUUUGACACUACCAGACCAAUUAAUUUUAAAAAAACCUGUUAUAUACUGCAUUAUAGUACAUUAAGCAUGGCAAAAGAUAUUUAAUUUUAGUACUUUCUACUACCCUAAGUAUGACAAAGGUUAACAUUGUGACAUCAAAAUUUUUUAGUAUGAUAACUCCCUGGGUCUGAUAUCACUUGACGGUUGAUGGCAUUAUGAUGGGACAGCUCUUAUUGUGGCCUUCUAGGAAUGCUUGCUACAUUAAUAGUCAUUUACUGAUGAUUACAAGUUAAACCAUGAUAUUAAUAAUGUGUAGAUAAAGUUUUAGUGUCUCUAAUGUCCUAUAACAAUUCUAGGAUUAAAGGUUGGUUAUUGGAGUCAAGUUCAAUCUAAAUGCUAUUAAAUAGGUCCUUGAAACUUGAGGUUUAAUUACCACUCAAAUUCCAGUAGUUAUUUUUGCUGAUGAGAAUUUUGGAAUAAUACUUGUCAGUCACAUGUGCAUACAUUGCUAAGAAGAUUCAUGUGCAGAGUGAUGUUUAUUGCUAUCAAAUUUCAUAUUCUGUGUAGUCAUGCUUGACAUAUUAAAGUGUCUUGUGUUGGUCUUCUUGUAAUGGAGUACAAUCAUGUUCAGGAAUUGGGGUAUGGAAUAAGGUAUAGGAUGAUGGAAAAAAUGAAUAAGUAAAUCAAGAUAGGAAGGAAUGCAGAAAGAAGAACACAUGCUGUAGUAUGAAAUAAAAACCAGUGUUUUUGAGCAAGCAUAUUCAAUGGUUGUUGUGCAGGACUGCAUAAUGUAAAGACUUUGAAAUAAUUGAACAUUCACUCUGUGUAUAUUGGAGCUAACGUUAUGCAAAGGCAUUUUUUGUGAUGAAAGAAUAGUAACCAAUCUGUUAUUAAAAUAUCUUAACUUUCUGCUGGAAAUCAUAUGAUUGAAAGUUGUUCACUAAGUAAUUCUGAUAACACAGUUCAUAUUUUGUCUGCAGACCCUAAAGCGAUUUUCCUGCCAGCAAAAAACAUGUUUUUGUGUGGUUAUAUUACUUACUUGUUAUUUCAGCUGUAUGCAGCUGCUACAUGUCUAAUGUUCUGUGUACUCAGUUUUGGCUCAAAGGCUUUUUGUCUGUGAUUUCAUCAUUUGGAGCGUGUGACAUGUAACGUGUUCACACUGUCCAGCAUUUAACAAAGUUAGUGGCCUGAAAAAAUACCAGUCAAGGUGAGAAAGAUUCUGUUUUAACACACUAUGCCUCCAUUUGUCCACAUGUCUUAAGCACAGAGACAAAUGUAGCUUUUACAUUUUUCUAUCUUGGGCGUACUAAUGGUUAAAUAACGAUACCAUGCAUAUUGGUUUUAAAUUGCAUUUCACUGAUAGUAAAUGAAAUGUACAAAUCUAUCUGAGGGUCACACUUUAUUUGAUUAUAUGAAAAAUUCUGCAGGGGAUUAAUACUGUGGAAAAUAAACCUCAUGGUGUCAAGGACUAAUAUAACAUUUCUAUGAGUCUUUUGUUAGAAUCUUGAGGUUUGUAGUGUACCCAGACAGGUAGAUAUGCUUGCUAGAUAGUUUUAAUGUCAUCUUGGUGUUACAAGAAUUUGAUGAAUGUUUUUUGAACAAUUCAUACACAGCACAGUUUAAAAAUACUUUAUGAUAUAUUUGUAUGCACUCAUAUUAAUGUUUGAUACACAUUCUGAUUUUUUCAUUAUAAUAUGUAUGUUAUUGCUCUUAAAGAAAGUAAAGGUAAACAAAGAGAAGACAACUGUAAGGAAAAUGAUAUAUUGAAGUAUUUUGUUUGUUAAAUAAUUUUUAUUGCCUUUUAUAUACAUAAUGAUAGUCUCAUGUGAUGAUUCUUGGAUGCUAGUCAGUAGAAAUGUUAUCAUGAGUGUGUGUAUUUUGUGAUUGUCUACUUACAUGUUGUUUUAUCAUGUGGACACAUAAUUUGCAAUUUUGUACAAUUUCUGUGCUUUCUGAUCAUCGUCCAUAAACCGUAUGAGGUAGUAUGUUUCGAUCAAAAAGAAUGAAAGACUGAAUAAAGACAUAUAGGACAAAUCUAAGAGCACUACCCAAAGAAGAAUUCCACAGAGAAUAUGUGUAGUCCUUUGAUUCUGCUCUUUGUCUUCAUGUUUUUAUAUCCUAUGUUAUCGUUGCAUCACUGUUUCACUGCAGGCUUCAUUAUGCUAUCUUCUUUCAUAGUUUUCAUCUGUAAAUAUUGCAUAAGAAUUUCAUCUAUAAAUUAUUUAUUUGAGUAAAAAUAUAAUUUUUUUUCAGUGAGCCAGAUAUUUCUAUUUCAGCACCAAAUGUUUUUGGAACUGGUUGUUGUAUGAUCUGAGUGUUCUGUAUGUGUGAGUGUGCAUGCAUGUGUGCCUAUAAAAAUAUUCUGCUCUGUCAUAAUGAAUCAUGGAUGAAGCAAGAUCCAUGUUCCAUUCAUCUCUGACGAUGUUUUUGCAUGAGAUUCUAGUUUAUGUCAGUAUGCAAUAUUGUGUCCUGUUGUGUUGGAGAAACAGAACUAAACCCAGAACUGCUGAGAUGGGACAGUUCCUGAAAUGUCAUUAGUGUCAGAUACUUUGUACUUUUUUCAUAAAUUAGUGCUGGGAUUAGUUUCACUAGAAAUUACUUUCUUCUAUUGAAAUGCUAAACCAGUAAGAAUUGUCUCUAAUACUUUGGAUUUAAUUUGGCAAUUCUAAUAUAUUAUUAAAUGACAUUGUUAUUAAAUAUAUUUGUACGAUUUUCAUGCAGAGAGCAGCGUUAGAAUUGAAAGGUCUAAAUUUUUGCUGUAGUAAUAGAAGAUAACAUAAUAAACAUUCCAGAAUUUUUGGAGAAAUAUGAUAUUUGAAUAUUCAAUUCUAAGCACACUUUCCUAAAAUGCUGUAACAACAGUUGUGUUCACAAAUAUAAAAUGUACUCCUGUUUCCCUUUUUUGCUGUAGUCAUAUAUCUGUUUGUUUGUAUGUGAACUGUAGUGAUGUAUUGUUUCAUUGUACUGGACACAGAAUGUUUUUGCUAUCCAAAUACCAAAUAGUAAACUUGUUAUUAAAUGAACCCAAGCUCA